AUGUUAGAGGCACUAUGUGUUAUAGCAAGUAUAUGCAUAUUCUACUUCCUUCUUCGUCGUUUUGUUCUGGAAAACUUCAAAGUGGAAUCGAGUGGGAAAUACGUGCUGAUAACCGGUUGUGACAGCGGUUUUGGACGUCGUCUGGCUGUUCAGCUUCUUGAUAAACAUGUAAAUGUAUUCGCGGCUUGUUUCACACAACAAGGAAUCUCCAGUCUUGAGACCGAAUGGAAACUCAAAAAGGGACCAAAAGGAUCUUUAUACGCAAUUCAAUUGGAUGUUACCAACAAAGCCAGCGUAGCUUCCGCAAAAGAAAUAGUAUCGAAGGUUCUGGAAGAUAAAGAAGCCAAGCUAUGGGGUCUUGUGAACAACGCCGGCAUUUUUUCCAUCCAUGGUCCUGAUGAUUGGUGUAGUGAGGAUGAAUACUCGUCUUCUUUGAACGUCAACACUCUUGGAGCUAUUCGAAUGUGUCAUGCAUUCCUCCCUCUCAUUAAAAAGAGCAGAGGAAGAAUUGUCACUAUGGGUUCGACGGCUGGAAGACUUCAUGGACUAUAUGUCGCGCCGUAUGUCACUGCCAAGUUUGCUGUGGAAGCGUACAUGGACUGCUUGAGAUUAGAAAUGAGACAAUACGGAGUGUCCGUUCAUAUUUUGGAGCCAGGAUGCUUCAAGACUGAGCUACUAAAUGAAGAUGCUCAGAGAUCACGAAUUCAGAGAAUCUGGAAUAACUUGCCAAAUGAAACAAGAGAAGAAUAUGGGGAGGAGUACAGAAGAAACUUCGAGAAAGCUUGGGAAGCAGGAGUCAAUGUAGUUGCCAACCCGAAUAUUGGAUGGGUCGUUGACUGUUAUGAUCAUGCUCUCUUCUCCUGGUGGCCACGUCUUCGUUAUUGCCCUGGGUGGGAUGCCAUCUUCAUGUUUAUUCCUCUCAGUGUAUUCCCAACUGCUGUUCAAGAUUGGAUCUUGGCUGGUCUCUACAAAUUGAAUCCUGGACCAUCAUUGAUCCCAGCAGCUUUAGUUGAAAAGAAGAAAAGAAGAAGUCCAGUUCAAUGGAUCCAGUUGCUUUCUCAGCUGGCAAUGAUUCCAUUGCUCUACACCAUUUUCUUUGUGAAAAAAUCGCAUACCAACACAGUAGAAACUGCACGUCCUCACAAUGUUACAAUCACCGAAUAA